AUGGACGAAGAAGAACAAAUGGUAGAUUCAUUCUCAACACCAGAUGAUAUAUCUGAUGUUACUCUGAUUGUUGAAGACAAAAGAAUCUUUGCACACAAAUCCAUUCUUGCAAAAAUUUCUCCCGUAUUUAAUCGAAUGUUAUAUUCAAAUGGAUUUCGUGAAUCUCAAACAAAUGAAAUUAUUCUUCCAGGUAAACAAUACUUACAUAUAAUUGAAUUAUUAAAAUGUAUUUAUCCUAAUAUAUUGAAAUCAAUUGAUAAUUCUAAUGCAAUGUAUUUACUUCCAUUAUCUGAUGAAUAUUCAAUAGUUAUACUUAAAAAAAAUAUUGAACGUUAUUUUAUUUCAACAAUUAAUUCAAUAUCAUAUAAAUAUGGUGAUAAUUUAACACGUUUAUUUGAUUUAUUAUCAUUAUCACAACUUUAUCGAUUAAAUAAACUUGAAGAAAAUAUUUGUGAACAAUUAACAAAUCAUUUUGAUAUUGAACAAUGGAAUAAAAUUGAUCUUUCAAUUGAUUUACGUUGUCAUUUAUUAGAAUUAUAUGCUAAAAAACAACAAAUGAAAUUGAAAGAAAAACAAAAUAAAUUAAAUCAAUUAGAAGAUUUGUGUUUAAAACAAAAAUUUGAAAUUCAACGUUUAAAAAGUCAAUCAGAAAUUAAUCAAUAA